AUGCAAGCUACUCUUCGAGCCCCAAACCUCUUUAUCACUUUCUUUCUUAUUCUUCUUGCUGUCGUGCAGCCUCUCCUUGCUGCCCCGGUUGAGAUUACUAAAGACACUCAAUGCAGUGGAGGCAAGGAGUGCAUUAAGGAAGCCGACAGUAUCAAGCUUCAUGCUGCGAAUACGGUCAGGUCUAAGUACAUACCACGAAGUGUCCCGACGACCAAUGCCAGGAAAUUGAAGAAGCGCUCUCAAUUGGCUGCUCAGUUGAAAAAGAGAGCAGUUCUAGCUCGUGCUCGGAAAUAG